AUGACAACCGUAUUAAAAAAUCAAUCAAAACAGCUACUUACAGCCAAAACUCUCACUUUACAUUGGCAUGAUAACUCUCUUCCGGUGUAUAGUGUGGAUUUUCAACCAAAUAGAGAAGGAACUAGAUCCGAAAGAUUGGCAACAGGGGGAGGUGAUGGUAAUGUUCGUAUUUGGAAGGUAAUAUACACGAAUAAUGAUCCAAUAAAUGGUCAAAGUGUGGAAUCAGUUGAAUAUUUAAGCAAUAUAGGAAAGCAUACACAGGCAGUAAAUUGUGUUAGGUUUGAUCCCUCUGGACAGUUUCUUGCAAGUGCAUCAGAUGAUGGGAGUGUUAUGAUAUGGGAGCUGUCAGACAAACUUGUUCAGGAAUUUGGUGCGAACGAUGAAUUUUUAAAAGAGAGCUGGUCUCUUAAGACGGCUGCAUUUUCACCAUCCAGUUCUGAAAUAUAUGAUAUAAGUUGGUCUCCGGACUCGAAAUUCAUAGUAUGUGGCUCGAUGGAUAAUUUUGUACGUGUUUUUGAUACAAAAACUGGAAUGGUUGUUUCACAAAUAAGGGAUCAUACGCAUUAUGUUCAAGGAGUUCAAUGGGAUCCCAGAAACAAGUUUAUAUGUUCACAAUCAGCCGACAGAUCCGUUCAUUUAUAUAAUAUUCUUAGCAGCAAAAAGGACCACGAUUUUAUUGAAGUUGCACUGAAAGCCUCUAUUAAUAUAUACAGAGCAAAGGUUGAUUUCAAUGUUUCUUGUCCUACUUCCAUGUCUACUUCCUCAUCGCGGAAUGAUAAUUCAUCGGAAAAACCAAGGAGGUAUCUUUACAAGAAUGAGACGUUACAGUCAUUUUUCCGUCGGUUAGCCAUAUCUCCUGACGGUUCUCUUCUCAUUUCGCCGUGUGGUCUGUACAAGAGCUCCGAAGCAUCGGAAAAUGAGAAUGCAGUUUUUAUUCACAUUCGUGCCGGGUUGAGGCGGCCUCCGGUUAUGUGUAUUUCAGGAUUUAAGAAGCCCGCAAUUGCUGUGCGAUUUAGUCCUGUUCUGUUUAAAUUACAAGAAGGGGAAAGUGGUUAUAUAGACCUUCCAUAUCGAAUGAUUUUUGCAAUUGCGACACAAGAUUCAAUUUUUGUUUACGAUACUCAACGAUUAGAGCCUUUAGCUGUUGCUGCGAGUAUUCACUAUGCUGUUAUAACAGAUAUUUGUUGGUCCGCUGAUGGUAAAGUUUUAAUGGCUUCUUCAGCUGAUGGCUUUGUUUCUAGCAUCGUAUUUGAUGACGAUUUAAUAGGGAAGGAUAUUGUGACUUAUGAUAUUCCUUCCUACGUUAGUAGUCAUCCGAUCGAGUCAAAUGAAAUUGAAAUAGAGAAAACAGAAGUAGGUGAUCAUUUAAACACUUCUGAAAAAAAACUAGAAGAACGGCAUGACGGAAGCCCUUCUCUAAAUAUUAUCGAUGCAUCAUCCACAGUUUCGCUUUCCCCAUCCAUAGUUGAGAUGUUGAAGAUAUCUUCUGAGAGUCGUGAUAAGGCCUCAAUAAAAAGCCAUGAGGUUCUUAAGAAGCCAAGUGCCAUAUCUUCUGAUGAUGAUGAAGUUGUUGAAUUGGCUGUACAGAAAGCGCAUAAUGAAAGAACGAAAUCAGGUAUUGAUUGCAUUCUUCACAAAGCCAAAGGGUUAAAUGGAGACCACAAAGAAUCUAACGCUGAAUUUGCAUGUACAACUAUGUCAAAAUCUGGGAUGGAGAAACAUAAACGACGCAGAAUAGCGCCUACAUUGAUAUCCACAUUAACCCGUGAUAAAUAA